UGGAUAGCUCUCUCUAACACUCUCUUUCUCCAAAACAUUCUUUCUUCCUUCAAAGAAGUUCAUCAUUCCACACAUCUCAACUUCAAGCAGAAAUGAGGCUCUUGUCUACAAAAGCAACGUGCAAUAGCCAUGGCCAAGACUCUUCAUACUUCCUAGGCUGGCAAGAAUAUGAAAAAAACCCCUAUGACGAGAUUCUCAACCCCAAAGGAAUCAUCCAAAUGGGUCUCGCAGAGAAUCAGCUCUCUUUCGAUCUCUUGGAGUCAUGGCUCGCCAAGAAUCCGGACGUAUCCGGGUUCAAGCGAGAUGGAAAGUCCAUUUUCCGUGAGCUCGCUCUCUUCCAAGACUACCAUGGCCUCUCUUCUUUUAAAGAAGCAAUGGUAGACUUUAUGGCCGAGAUCAGAGGCAACAGAGUUACCUUUGAUCCCGACCAUAUGGUCCUUACCGCUGGCUCCACCUCUGCCAACGAGACUCUCAUGUUCUGCCUUGCCGAAAAAGGAGAUGCCUUCCUCCUACCCACCCCUUACUACCCAGGAUUCGACAGAGACCUAAAAUGGAGAACUGGGGUGGAAAUUGUUCCCAUACACUGUUCAAGCGACAACAACUUCCAAAUCACUGAGUCAGCACUUGAGCAAGCAUACGAAGAAGCACAAAAUCUCAACCUCAACGUGAAGGGCAUUUUGGUCACAAACCCUUCAAACCCCUUGGGCACCACAUUGUCCCUGGAAGAGUUGAACCUCCUCGUUGACUUCAUCAGCGGCCACAAGAACAUGCACUUAAUCAGCGACGAGAUUUACUCCGGGACAGUUUUUAACUCCCCAGGCUUUGUCAGCGUCAUGGAAGUCCUCAACAACCGUUUUUCUGACGCUGACGAAGCCAUUUGGGACAGAGUUCACGUUGUUUACAGCCUGUCCAAGGACUUGGGCUUGCCGGGUUUCCGCGUGGGCUGCAUAUACUCCGAGAACGACACCGUGGUUGCCGCGGCGACCAAGAUGUCAAGCUUCGGCCUGGUGUCUUCCCAAACCCAGUACCUCUUGUCCGCCAUGCUGGAGGACAAGAAGUUCACCAGAAAAUACCUGGUGGAGAAUCAGAAAAGGCUAAGAAGACGUCAGAAGAUGCUUGUUUCGGGGCUCGAAAAAUCCGGCAUCAAGUGCCUAGAAAGCAAUGCUGGGUUGUUCUGUUGGGUUGAUAUGAGGCACUUGUUGAAAUCAAACACAUUCGAAGCAGAGAUGGAUCUAUGGAAGAGGAUUGUGUAUGAUGUGAAGCUAAACAUAUCGCCGGGAUCUUCGUGUCAUUGCUCGGAGCCAGGGUGGUUCAGGGUGUGCUUUGCUAACAUGUCGGAGCAGACUCUGAAACUCGCCAUGAAGCGGUUGAAGAGCUUCGUGGCAGAGUUGUCGUCCUCCUCCGACAAUGGCGAUAACAAAGCUCAUCAGUCUAAAAGAAAGUCUCUCACAAAGUGGGUUUUCCGGUUAUCAUCUCGUGAUCAUCGUCAACGUGAUCAAGAAGAACGUUAACCUGGUUAUUGAUUCAUCUUCAUGAUAGUAUAACUUGUGCGUGAAAUAUGGAUACAUGCACAUAAAAUUAAACCACUUCAAAAAAAAUUUUCUUUUUUUUUUUUUAAAAAAAAGAUUUUUAACCGGCUCCCCAGUUAUUUUUGGGAGGAGUAGUUAUUCAAUGGAAAAUGUAUCAUUUUAUGUUUUAUAAUUUGUAGAGAGAAAGCACUCUGUCCAUUUUUUGGAUAUGAAGUGUGAGGAUUUUAG